UGUAGCAUUGGGAUAAAAUAUUUUACAAAUUCUUAUCAAAAAAUUAUUGUGUACUAAAUAAUGCAGAUAGCUGUGGUCGUACAAACAGAGGAGGAAGAAACAGCAGCUCCGAAAGAAGAGGAAAAAGUUGUACCUCCAUACGGAACCGUAGAAUGGAUAUACUACUGGAGUGAGUUCGAGGGUCACCUUCCUACCCCCAUAGAUGUGUCCAUCACGGGGUCUCUUAAAUACUCCUGCCCUGAACUCAAGUGGUACAACUUUGAUGUAUACCCUCAUAAGGUUAAGAUGACCAAUACGGGAUAUACUCUUCUUAUAGGAGCGAAAUGGAAGACGGAGCGGCCAUAUUUAGAAGGAGGACCAUUUUUAUCUAAACAUGUCCUAUCACAAAUCCAUUUUCACUGGGGACCAGACAUGAUGGAAGGGAGUGAUCACACUAUUGACAAGAGGAGGUAUCCUGGGGAAAUGCAAGUGACGUUCUUUAGGUCCGAAUACAUGACGCAAGAAGAAGCUUUGCGUCACGAUGACGGGGUUGUAAUGAUUUGUUAUUUAAUCAAGUAUGGUGUGAACCCAGACGACCGUCUCAGCUGGGUGAUCGAAGGCUUCCCUCGGGUGCAAGAAGCCCAAACCAGCACUCGGAUAGGCCCGUACCCGAUGUCUCGUCUGCUGCCGAUGUUCUUCGAAGACUACUUCUUGUAUUGGGGCAGCCUGAGCACGGUCAGAGGGGAGAAGUUCACGGUCCGGUGGUUGGUGCCGAGGAUAACAUUGUUUGCUUCUUUUGACCAGAUGAAAGCCUUCCGAAAACUAUGGGACCCAUGGGACGAGCCGAAUCGCGGCAACAACAGGCCACUGCAAGAACGCGAGGACCGCCACGUCUUCUUCAUCAGCCCGCACUGGAGUCAAUACAACUCCUUGCUGCCUAUCCCGAGGGUUCCAGAACCUUCCAUAUCGGUGCUGUCCCCAGCAUACGAAGCCAACUACUGGAUGCUCCCGCCACAGAACGCGUACAUGAUACCACAACCAGAGGAGGAAAAAACGGAGGAAGAAAAGUAAGAAUGAACCUGCUUGU